UAUUUUUGACUACCCCCAGAACGCUUUCUCCGCAAGUUAAAACUAACCAUUCCUUUCGAAGUUUUUAUGUUUAUUACUGUUUUUGUUGCACAGCCAAAUUUAGUCAUUCGUGCAUCGUAAAGUAGAUUUCUUGAAGUGAACGUCACGUUUAUGCUUUUAUACACUGAUUUGUACGGGAAAUCCGUGGUCAAACAAAAAAUUUGUUUUUGUUUAGGUAAUGAAAAUUGAAUUAUUGAUUCUUAUUUAGUAUUGAUUACGGUUUUAGUAUACGAUUCACCCGAGUGUCCAUACCGCAAUCUUUUGUGCCGCGCGAUUCACUAUCCCUCUUGUGUGUUUUUGUUGUUAUCUGUUACAGAUAACGCAGAAAGCGCCCUUCUGAGCUCACAAGGCUGUUACAAACCUGAAGUUCAAAGGUAAAUAUUUUUAAUUUCCGCCGUAUAACGUAUAACGUUUGAUACAAUCGAACUGUAAUUACUGCAUUUCUUGAUAGUCAUUUAUCCAUUAUAGCUUCGUUGUUUUCUGCGGAUGCCUGUUUUGAUGUUAAUAAUUUCCUUGACUACGUGCUGAUCCCCUUUUUGUUAAAUAUUGAUUUAAAUUUAAAUAUUGACAUUUCAGAUCUAGACUGUAAUAUUUGUGAUAUUUUUGAGAUCAUUUAAUUAAUUACCCUCGACUGUGACAUCAAUUUUUGUUUAUAUCCUACUCUGUCGAUUAUUCUUUUUCUUUACCAUAUCAAGACCAGAACAAGGAUCGAUUAGCUUGCUUCCCCCUUUCGGUAAGUAUUCUCUUUUCUCUUUUGAAAUUGACUGAGGAUUAGUGGCGCCUAUUCGGUUUACUAUUACUACAUUUCCCUUUUGCUUCGUUUCACACAACACGCAAAUAUUUGUUUCAGCAAAUUAACGUUUGGCGUGUUGCAACAAAUUUGCAACUAUAAAAUGUGAUGUAUAUCGUUGAGAAAAUUUCACCAUCUCAUCGUAUACAGGGUGUUCUCAUAAGUAUACAAAAAAAAAAUCGCCAAAGAAGCAUUUUUCCAAGGAUUCAAAGCGUUACGUUUGUAAGAUAGUCUCCAUUUUUUUUCUCAGCAACCAUCCUCGUAUGUGCUAUGGUUUCUGAUAAACAAUAAAAGAAGUAACACCAAUGUUUAGGAGCGUAGUUCUCAAACCAAACAUUUUGACCCUUCCAUAUUUCUGGUUCCUAUAACCAAACAAAUCUUACAGCAAUUUGCAAUUGUUCGAUUAAAAAAGAAUACGUCUUCAUUAUAGUUCUUAACUAAAAUGUAAUAAGGUUUCCUUCAUCAAGAGUUUGCAAUUUAAGUUGGGCGUUAUAGGUUUAGUUCUCGAAUAGUCCUCAUUUCCUGAAAAUGUAGUAGUUGGCAACGUGACAAAUUCAACUGUCUUUAUGGGAUAUUUUCCGAAAUUUAUAAAAUGACGUCGGUAAAGUUUAAUUAGAAAACCUUUCGGAGGCAGGCGAAAAGUAUUUUUAUUAGACGUAUACGGCUGAAGUUUUCGCGUUUUAUUUGUUGAAGUCGAAACCUCGAGAGUCGAUAAAUAUUUGCACUUCUUCUCGCUGGGCAAUUAAUCUCGCUGUUUCGAUGUUAAGAAAAGUUCCGCGGAUUCCAGUUGCAAAUACGAUUAGAUAAGCAAAAUUAAUGUUUUACCCUCGCAAUUGCAUGUCGAUAACGCUGUUUUCCAUUUAAAGUAACUUUUGAUGUCAUUUUUAAUAAUAAAAUGGAAUGACUGAUGUUAAAUUAAUAGAUCUGGAUUGCUCCAAGUUGCAUCCUGUUAUUUAUUUGCUUUUUGAUCUCAAACUCAGAUUGCGAAUUUCUAUUGUAUACUAAAUUCGAGUUUUCAUUAAUGUUCGAAUCUCGUGCUCGAUAAGUUUGUGUUUUAUUUAAAUUGAGGUUAAGAAUGGAUAUUGCGGGUAUUUCUCAAAUUUUCGCAAUUAUACUAUUAUGUAAGGAAAGCAAUACCAGACUGGUAGUAAAGAAAAUCGAGAAUUGCGAUCCAAAAUUUAAUUACCCCUUCAAACUGUCGGUGAGAACAUACAAUCGACCAGAUGCUCAAUAUUUUGACGUCAACUGCACCUGGCCCGUGGACAUGGAUUCCACUAUCGGCGUAACCAUGCAAUUCGAUUACGUUCUUGUAGGCCGUAGCAUGCCCAUUUUAAGAGCCAAAGAAAAUUAUCUCUGCGACUCUGCGAAUAAGUAUCUCGGAGAGCCUUGGUACGACGCUUGUCGCCAAGCAAACAUUCCGGUCAAGAAGUGUCCAAUACCAAAGGGAUUUUAUCAGCUGAAGAACUUUAAAUUUGACUCUGAAAAGAUGGGCGUCAAGUCUUUGCCGUUUGGUAUGAUCACUUCCAAAAGCGUCAUUUUUAAUAACCGCAAUCAGGAUAUUCUUGCUUGCAUUAUUGCUGAGGUGGACAAUAUAGAGAAAUGAAUUUUAGAUCUGAUAUUUGGACAAUAAAUUAUAUCAACUGUAAUAGA